AUGCUGGCACGUACUGUCCUGCGCGGCGUGCCCUUCCGGGGCGUCGCACGUCAGUCCUUGAACAGAACCUCCACGCGUGCGUCUUCCUCGACCGCCGGUGCUGAGUCCGCCAACUCCCCCUUCAACCUCACCGUCACGGCUUCCGUCGCAACCGCCAUUGCUGCUGGCUCCGCCUUCUACCUUUAUGGCCAGGAAGCUUUUGCCUCGACCCCUGCUGAGGAGGGUCUGCACCCUACCAAGUACCCUUGGGAGCACGCCAAGUGGAACAAGACCUUCGACCACGCCGCCCUUCGUCGUGGUUUCCAGGUCUACCGUGAAGUUUGCGCUAGCUGCCACUCCCUGACUCGUGUCCCUUGGCGCUCGUUCGUCGGUGUCAUGCACACCGUCGAUGAGAUGAAGGCUUUCGCCGAAGAGAACGAAUACGACACCGAGCCCAACGACCAGGGUGAGAUCGAGAAGCGCCCCGGAAAGCUGUCCGACUACAUCCCCGCCCCCUACAAGAACGAGGAGGCUGCCCGUGCCGCCAACGGUGGUGCUCUGCCCCCGGAUCUUAGCUUGAUCGUCAAGGGCCGUCACGGUGGCUGCGACUACAUCUUCAGUCUGCUUACUGGUUACCCCGAUGAGCCUCCCGCGGGUGCCACUGUCCAGGAGGGCAUGAACUUCAACCCCUACUUCCCUGGUACCGCCAUUGCUAUGGGCCGUGUCCUGUUCGAUGGUGUUGUUGAGUACGAGGACGGCACUCCCGCCACCACUUCUCAGAUGGCCAAGGACGUUGUGGAGUUCCUGAACUGGGCCGCUGAGCCUGAGAUGGAUGACCGCAAGAAGAUGGGUGUCAAGGCCGUCGCCCUCCUCUCUGGUCUGUUUGCCCUGAGCGUCUGGGUCAAGCGUUACAAGUGGUCUCCGAUCAAGACGCGGAAGAUUGUGUACAACCCCCCUGUCUCCCGCCGCUGA